AUGGCCAAGGGUGGAGGCGGUCACAUAGUGAGGUGCUACAGGGGUCGUGAAGAUCAGGUUGCCUCUUUUGAGACUGAGCAUUGCAACCUGCCCUCUUCGCGGAAGUACAUCAAUCCCACUUGCGAACCUGCGCCUUUCAAGAUGCGGAUAUUCAUCGAUUCGAGAUCUGGUCCCGCCAGCCAGCAAAAAUACUGGAGACCAAAAACGUCUUGGGAAAAGGGCUUGAAUGACAUGCAUUUUAAGGUAUCUAUUCGUGUUGAAAUUUCCCGUUCCAAUGUCAAUUUGAUUCUACUACAUUCUGGUGCAAUGAUUAGCCCGGAGAAACUUCCCAUCGCUGGUCCUACCGAGGAAACCUUCACGGCAGCGUUCGGCACAGUGCUUCUACCCGAUGAAUUCAUCAACACAAAUUAUGGGAAAGCAGCUGAGUACGAGAUACUACCAUCCAUUGAUGCGACACAAAAUUUGAUGACGUCACCAGAUUGCGUACUUUUAUAUUCAUGGUGUGCAGACACCAGCUUUGGACACAUCACCACUUAG